AUGCGACAUUCUCUUAAUUUAACUGAACUUCGGAGAAAAGAGGCUUCAAGACUUUCAGAAGUUCCGAAAUUUGCAAGACAAAGAUCUACGCCUGAAUUACAAGCUAAAAAACACGAAUUAGAUCAUUGUAGAGAGAGUUUAGACGCAGCUAAGGUGAAUUACGAGAAUUGGAAAGUAGAGUUUACAAAAAAGGUUGAUAACUUAAAUGAGAAAAAGCAAAAAUUUCAGGAACAAGAAGCAAAUCUUAAAAAUUUUCUUAAAGUUUACCAGCAUGAACUAGAAAAAGCUGAACAAAGAAAAGUAGAAGAGGAGGCUAAGUACAAAAAUAUUUGCAAACAGCUCGAAGACAUUAAAAAUGAAAUAAAAUUACAAAUUGAAGAAAGAAAUCAAUUAAGGGAAGAAGCAGAUAAAUUACAGAAGUACACAGACAUUAUGCAAGAAGCUGUUGUUGUCAGUCAGCAUUUUAACACUGUAGAUGACUUGAUAAAUCAGUUUCAUCGUAUUAUUGAUACAAGACAAGACUGUCUUCAAAAAUUCCAAUCAUUACUAUCUUAUGCAAAUAAGCAACAACAAGAACACGCAAUUGAACAACAACUAGAAGAUACUUACGUGAUGGAUGCAAAUAACAAGUAUUACAAAGCAUUGGACAGAUUAGAUAAAGCAUUACAAAGAAGACGCAAUAGAAAGGAAUUCAUUUUUAAGAAACAACAAACAAAUUUAGAUACCGAGAUGGAAGUUGCGAAGAUUAAAUCUGCUUUAUCAUCAAUUUACUCCCUAAUAAUGAAUGAUCUCGGAUUAGAUGUUGCAGAACACCCUGCAACGCCCGAACAAAUGAUUCAGACAAUCAAAAGCCAAAUUCUUGAUUUAAACGAAAUAAUAAGAUCAUGCAAUGCUCCUUCAUCAAGAAGAAUGGCUCCAUGA